AUGGAUUCCCAAAAACAGACACGUCUGUUUGGCAGACUCCGUCACAUGGGAACGCCAGGAGUUUUCAUCUUGGUGUUGCUCCUACUUCAAUGUCAAUCCAAUGUGAAAAUCAAUGAGGAGCUGGACGGAGCUGAGUUUUGCUGUGGCAAAGCUCGUCUAUCUCGAUGCCUGCGCUUUGCUGGGUACCGAGUGGCAGGUCUUGACAUUCUGGACUGGCAGGGGUAUUCCCAGGAAAGAAACAUUGAGACCAACACGAACCCAUUAGAUAUGUUAUCUACUUCGGGCUUCUUGUUGAUGAUCAUGACGAUUCUUAAUUGCAAGGACCACUUGGUAGCCCAUUUUGGGUUGACCUGUGGAUCAUGGGUAGUGACUAGUCGAGGGUCAACGUUACGACACUUUCUGGCACCAAUGGGUUCUUUGACUUCGGCCAGCGCGCAACUUGCAAACAAAAUGGUAUCAAGGUUCUGCCUUUUGGCCCUCCUGAUCCAGGCGAAGUUUGGAACAUGGACACUGGAGCAGCCAUUUACAAGCAUAAUCUUUCGACAUACACGAUUUCAAUGGCUAUUGCGAAGACUGAUUGUAUGGAAACAAGCCUUUUGGAUGAUGCACUAUGGCUCAGUUACGCCGAAGAGAAGUGUCUUGUGGUCGAACUCAAAAAAGAUCAUCAAGUUUCGGACCCCUCGGCUUCGUCGUAAGUACAAAGUCAAGAAGGCACUGGUUAAGAAAUACAAGAACCGAAGAGGUGAGAACAAAUUCCAGGGGAACGACAACAUGUCCAAAUCGGGGAGCUAUCCUUUGGGCUUUGCACUGCGCUACAUCACGUGCUGGGAUGAUUUGAAGGAAAUUGGACCCAAGGGGGCUUUGAGAGAUUCCUUCGAGGUGACGGGGAGCACUUCGACCCCAACGGCUAUCAACGCCGACUUCAUCAACAGUCUUGAUUGGACUGACCUUUGGGAGGAUGCAGGGUUGGCUGACGCUUUGAAGGCUCGGCGAGAUGCUUUGAAAGCUCAAGUGACGGCGCGGAUUAUUCACGCAAAGAUUUCGAAGACAGGACAGGCAGGUGUGGCUGCCGCCCCACCAGCACAUGUCGAACCCAUGCCAGUCCCAGCAACACUUGCAGAACCUGUUGCCCCAAGCACUGUGGAUGAUUCAGCAGGUGAUUCAGCAGCUGAUUCAGCAGGUGGUGUGGCAGGUGGUUCAGCAGGUGAUCAUGCACCCCAAGAACAUGCACCCCAAGAAGGCAUUGCACACCCUGACUCCAGUCACGCUGGUUCCCAUACCAAUGCAGCAUUGGGUGGUGGGGCUGAGGGUUUGGCAGAUUUAGCAAAGGGGGUGGGCAGCAAUGGUGUGGAAAAGGGCUUCGUGGAUGACUCCAUCGAUGAUGAUGCCUUAUCAUCUUACUUCACAUCCCUGCCUCCGUCUGUGAUUGGAGAUGCAACUGACGGAGAUGACAGGAUGGAUGAGGCGCCCUCAUUCUUGAAGAAGAAGCUGGACCAGGUUGCUCUCAAAGAUUUGGACCCCAACCGACUUGCGGAGCAAACUAUCCGCCGACUUUGCCGCAAGAACCCCAAAACUGGUAAGGCGAAAGUCAGCGAUGAGAUUGCCAAACAAUUUUUUGCGGGUGGCUCCAAAAGGGAUGACUUGAUCCGCAUGUUCUACAAAGCUGGUGGGACCCGAGAUCGGUUUGUUCGACAAGCUGAGCUUCGGAUCACCAAUAGCAAGCGGGGUCUUGUGAAGGUCAAUGUAGGGUAUCAUUCGGCGGCGUCUAUGAAGGAUGAUCUUAAAUGGCCCGAGCAGAAAAUCAAAGCGGCCAAGAAGUAUUGCCGUCUGAUGCACAAGAAGUAUCCGAAGGCCAAGUGGAUCAGGACAGACAAGUACCAACCGGACCUUGAGCUCUUCUGGGUUGAGAAAGACAUUAUCGGCUCCGUUGAAAAAGAAGUGAGACGGGAUCAGUCUAGGACCUUGACCAUGGACAUGAAUGAUGAGGGCUGGGACAACAAUGAUGAAUUUGGAAAAAUCGAUGGUGAAAGUCAUCUUGCGUCUGUUUCUAUGAAUGAAAGCGAAGAUGAUGAUGACAAUCAGAGCAACCGUUCUCACUCCAACACCCGUGGCCGCAAACGCAAGUCAGAGGGUCAUGAUGAUCGUCGACGCCGGAGGGGGAGGUCAUUUUCCCGCGAAGACCCAUUGGAGGAGAUUGAGAAUGUCGAACCCAUGUUGGAGAACAUUUUGAAGACAUGUGCCCAACUUACUGACUUGGUCCCCAAGUUGAACAAGUUGGACACCACCGCUUCCAAAGAGUCUGCCAAGAGUGUCGAGGACCGCGCCACUUCAUUGAUGAAGCUCCAUGACGAGAUUGCAGACCUCAAGGCCACGUAUGAUGCUGACAAGAAGCUGUCGCAGGAGAAUACAGAGAAACUCAAAAAGAUUUUCCGCAAUGUGGAGUCGGAGUGCUCCAAGGCAGUCAUGGAACAGAACAAGCUCAAGAAGACCAUCUUGAAGCCUGAGAAGAAGUCCAAGCCUUCCAAGCGCAGGAGAGAUGACGAUGAUGCUUCGGAGUCGGAAGCAGAUCCUACUCCCAAGCCCCCCAAAAAAGCAAAAAGCAAGGCUGCACCAAAGCCCAAAAAAACGGGCAAAAAGUGA